AUGCACAAAUAUGUUUUCUAUUAUAAUUAAUGGAGUAAAAAAUUACAAUUUAAGCUAGAGGUGUACAAAAAUUGAACCGAUAAUCAAUUCAAUAAAAUUUUUUCUCUCCGUGGCUCUCGGCGCAUGUUAGCAUAACCUGUGUCGCCGAUGGAAACCAUAGUUAAAGGAAAAGGUAGAGGUCACGGACAAGGAUGGGGACAACCGAAAAUGAUCUCUAUCACCCCUAUAACCAAAGAGAUUCAUUCAAAUAUAAGCUCGGCAUGUUCAGAUAAAAAAGCUAUACCGAAUUUACCUUCUGGACCUGGGCGAUCGAAAGCUACUGGCAGCUCUCUGGGGGUCGUAAAAUAGCUCCAAAUGUUGCAGCAAGUAGUGAAUAAGGAGAGUAACGAUGUAAAAUCCAGUGAUUUAGGGACACAGCAAAAGCCUCAAAUGAAACCAGACCCACCAACUGGAUUAGUGUUUAUUGAAGGAAUUGAUGCGCAACCUCAGGAGAAGGCGUGCCAAAGAGCAACAGGCUCAGUCAAGUUCUCAAGAAGCUAAUAAUGCUUCAUGGCAUUCACAGUAUUCACCUUCCGUAAUCAGCACACCAAGCUCUUCCCGUCCUGCUACCCCUAGUUCAAGCUCUUCCAGCAGCUUUAAUGCGCAGAGUCCAACAAACAGGCCAAGCUCCGUGUCCCAUGAUUCCCCCGCAGAGACUGCUGGCAUCAUUGCUGCUUUAAGAAAUAAGAGUGUUAAUGAGCUAAAGAAACUUGUUACUGGCAAGGAUGUGUAUCACAACUUCUUAAUUUCACUUGAGGCUGUCAAGACUCAGGAUAGUGUCAGGGAUGAGCUUUGGAACGAAACUCUGCUGCUUGUUAGGGAGAAUUUAGAAAAAGAACCCUGGAUAAUGGAGCUUAGGAAUCAGUGUAGAAUCAUCUGCACAACUGAAUUGGCUGCUGCUCAAGAAAAGAUGCAUGAGCUGGAAAGGAGGAAAGAAGAGCUUCUGAAGUUGUACUCUCCUGUAUCACUUCUCCAUCAGCUACAAGAUGCCAUGAAGAAAACGGAGGAGGAAUCUGAAGCCUUGCUCGGCCAGCUCCUUGAUCGAGAAAUUGAUCUUACAACAUUCGUGCAGAAGUCCAAAAAACUGGGAUGCAGUUACCACAAACGUGCCCUCACACAUCUUGCUGCUAAGGCAUAUUUAGCAGCUUGAUCAAUGUAUGAAUGCUGUAAUUUUGGCUGCUUGUUACUGAAAGCAUCUGUAUAAAUAUUUCCAGGUGUGAUUAAGAUCAUAUUCAGGCUGACGACAACUUCCUGAGGGACUUAUCGAAUUAAAUGUUGUAGAAAUAUCAGUCACUUACCAUCCUUCCACUGUAACUUAGACAUGCUUUCAUA